CUGGCGACGCGGGGCGUCCCUAACGACCGGCCGGCCGCGCGGGACCUGCGGGAAGGCGAGCGCCCCUGCACUGGGAGAGGGUGAGGCGACUCGGCGAGAGAGGACACUCAACCCCGGGCUCCCCAGGCCUGGACUCGCCCUGCCUCCACUGCCGCCCGCGGGGCGUGGAAGCCCCUCCAGCGCCCUCGGCCCACCGGCCAGAAGCCCGUAGGGGGCCACGUCCUGGGCGCCCACGUUUCUUGCGGCGGGGAAGGGCCGGUCUGUACCUCCAGGAGGCCCCCCACCCACCCAUCUGAAGAGGGACCCGUGCCUCCUCCCCUGCCACCGUCGCUGUCUGCGAACUGGCCCAGAGGCUUAGGGGCUGCGAAUAAAGGGAGGGGGACGGUAAGAGGUAGGAAGGGGAAGGUCGUGGAGGAGAGCAGUCCUAGGUCCAGGGUCCCAGUCUGCACAGACAGGCUGACCCCCAUCCCCAGCUCCUCCGGCUGCAAUUCCUCCUGCGGGUCCGGAAGCUCCGCACCUCCCUCCUUCCCUCCCACGGCGUGCUGGUUUCCCUUGGUAACCAAGGAGCAGGAGGGCCUCCUCACCCCAGGCAGCUUGGCGGACGCACUCACUGGCCUUUGGAGCUGAGCUUCCCUGCUGGAGUGUCUGAGCCAAGGCUUCCAGGGAAGAUAGUGCCACCUACCACCAUCCUCAGCUGCGGACUGGUGAUGCCCAGGCCAGACUGAAGCCACCCUGUGAAGUUCCCACUAGCAUCAAGGACCUGCCAGUCUGAGAAACUGUCUGUCACAAGGCCAUCACCAAGUGGCCACCUGCCCCUAUUUUGCCAGUCCCCAGCAUGCAGGAAACCGUAACACCACCAUCAUUGUCGGUCCCCAGCCGCUCCUCCACCUCCACCCAGGACCGGUCCUCCACUGCAGGCCAAGCUUCGAGCACAGCCCAGCAGCCCUCAAAGCCCACAGUCAAUCCAACCCCCGUGAAGUCCAAGGGCCCGAAUUCUGGGGCCAAUGUACGUCGGAUGCGCAGGAUCAUCGCUGAGGAUGCGGAGUGGUCCCUGGCCAUUGUGCCCCUCCUCAGAGAGCUCUGCAUUCAGCACAUCGUCAAGAACUUCCAGAACAACCCUAUCCUGAAGCAGCUGCUCCCAGAGCACCAGCAGAAGGUCCUGAACCACCUGUCCCCUGACCUGCCGCUGGCUGUGACCGCCAACCUGAUCAAUGAUGAGAGCUACUGGCGCCGCUGCUGCAUGCAGCGCUGGCCUGUGUGCUACGUGGCCAAGCAUGGCGGCAGCUGGAAGCGCAUGUUCUUUGAGCGGCACCUGGAGAACCUGCUAAAGCACUUCAUCCCAAACACCACGGACCCCGCGGUGAUCCUCGACCUGCUGCCGCUCUGCAGGAAGUAUGUGCGCAGGAUCCAAGUGGAUCAGUUCCUUCCGCCCGUGCAGCUGCCACCGCCACCGUGGAGUGGGGAACAGUCUGACUCGGGCAGCGAGGGAGAGAUGGAGGAGCCCGCCAUGGACCACUACCAACUGGGUGACCUGGUGGCUGGCCUGAGCCAUCUGGAGGAGCUGGACCUGGUGUACGGUGUCAAGGACUGUGGCAUGAACUUCGAGUGGAACCUCUUCCUCUUCACCUACCGGGACUGCCACUCCCUGGCGGCCACCAUCAAGGCAUGCCACACUCUCAAGAUCUUCAGGCUGACCCGAAGCAAGGUGGAUGAUGACAAGGCGCGCAUCCUAAUUCACAGCCUCCUGGACCAUCCAACCUUAGAGGAGCUGGACCUGUCACACAACCUCAUUGGGGACCGUGGUGGGCGUGCUGCCGCCAAGCUGCUGAGCCACAGCCGCCUGCGUGUGCUCAACCUGGCCAACAACCAGGUGCGUGCAGCUGGUGCCCAGUCACUGGCUCACGCCUUGGCACACAAUACCAACCUCCUUUCCCUCAACCUGCGCCUCAACUGCAUUGAGGAUGAGGGCGGCCAGGCACUUGCCCACGCCUUGCAGACCAACAAGUGCCUCACCACGCUGCACCUCGGUGGCAAUGAGCUGUCUGAGCCCACUGCCACACUCCUCUCCCAGGUGCUCUCCAUCAACACCACGCUCACCAGCAUCAACCUGAGCUGCAACCACAUCGGGCAGGACGGCGGGAAGCAGCUCCUGGAAGGCAUGUCAGACAACAAAACCCUCCUGGGGUUUGACUUGCGCCUGUCAGAUGUAUCCCAGGAGAGCGAGUACCUCAUUGGCCAAGCCCUUUCUGCCAAUCGUGAAGCAGCCCGCCAACGGGCCUUGAAUCCCAGCCACUUCAUGUCGCCAAUCACUGCCAAGGGCCCUGAGAACCCUGUGGGAUAAGAUGGGGGACAGGGCUGGGGCAGUGCCCCAUCCCCCACUUCAUGCCCCUGCCAUGCCUGCUGCAGACUGUCACACCGGUCCAGAGGGAGGGAGAUAGGGAGACCAGGAAUAUGCUGGGGUGAGUGAUCAAAAGUUGUGUGGAUAAAGAUGUGAACAGGGGGAGGGGCCUGGGAUAGGGGAAGAAGGGGUAUGAAGUGGGACCCAGCCCCCAUACCCAGGGAGAGAAUAUCACUGGACCCCUUGAAAUGACCAACUUCUUCCAGCAAUAGGGAAGGCAGAGAGGAUUCUGAGGGACUGCGCCUGCCCAGGCUCUCGCACGAGGGCUGCCCGCCUCCCUGACCACACUCCCUACCAUUUUCCUAUCGCCUCGACAGAUCCUUAACCUCUAGACCUUCAAACACACACACACUCUGUCUCUACACGCUCUCUUCCUCCUCUGGUUGCAGCCGAGCUUUGCCUGGCUCUUCCACCCUCACCCCUGUAGAUGCCACCUCCCUAUUACUUGACCCUGCUUAAGUGAUCCAGUUCUACAGGCCAUGCCAUCCCCUAAUCCUCUCCCCCAACCUGGGAAGGGGGAAACAGAGGUGGCAGGAGUGGCUCAGACCCAGUGGCCUCCCCAGAGAGCUUCCCAUGAGAUGGCGGGGGAAGUGCCACGCUGGGAAGGGAAGUCCGUGAGUCAUCUGCAACUUUAUUAUCCACCAGUUUGAUUUAUACAAUCUUUGCGCUUGGAAAUCCACGACAGAAAGGCCACAGUGUGAUGCACCCAAUUGACAAAAACCUGUCUUCUCCCCAUCCAGGCCCAGCCCACCCCACAGGCCCUUGUCCACAAGACAAAUGGAGCCCUCCAGAUACCUUCUAUGAGUCCCCGUCACUCUGCAGCUGCCCACCCUAGGGCCACACCCACAAGAAUCACAUCAACCGAUGGGGCCACGAGGACUG